AGCCUCUGAAUUUAGAAUCAAAUAGGUGAACAUUAGGAAAAUGGCAUCUCAUAGUUUGAGCCUACCUACACUACAAAUUCGUUCCAAUAGAUUAAUCCAGAACCUUCCUUCCAAACUUCUGUUGUCAACUUCACGUCUUCAUACCAAACCCACAACAACAACAACACUUUCUUCCUCAAUUCGAGCUAUGGGCUCUUCUCCUUCUUCUCAAUCAAAUAACCAAAACACCGCAGAAUUUGAUUCAGGGUCUAAUAGUGUUGAUUAUAAGUCUUUAAGUGAUGUGGAAUGGAAGAAGCGGUUAACGGAUGAGCAAUUUUAUGUUACUCGGAAAAAGGGAACUGAGAGAGCUUUCACUGGGGACUACUGGAAUACCAAAACUGAAGGGACUUACCAUUGCAUAUGUUGUGACACACCCUUAUUUGAAUCAUCUACUAAGUUUAAUAGUGGAACUGGCUGGCCGUCCUAUUACCAGCAGAUUGGUAAAAACGUAAAAUCAAAGCUAGAUUUGUCAAUUAUAUUCAUGCCUCGCCAGGAAGUACUUUGUGCUGCUUGUGAUGCUCACCUCGGACACAUUUUUGACGAUGGUCCUCCACCCACAGGAAAGCGUUACUGUAUCAACAGUGCUUCUCUUAAGCUCAAACCGAGGCAGUAAGAUAGUGAAAUGUUUAUCACUCAGAAGCUGGUGGUUUAAUGUUGAAAUGGUAUAAUUGGAAAACUUGUAAAUGGAUCUGUGUAUAUGUUAUGCUAUUAUUUACUUUACUUGAAGAGUGAAAUUGUCAUGUGCUGAUAGUAUACCCAAAUACUUAUAUAUCAUGUGAAAAAGUAGUUUAUUACAUUAUUGUACAAUUUCUUAUAUAAUAAAGUUUUAGGUGUUGGCCUGUUCUUGUUACCA